UAUUUAACACUAAUUUAGGCAAAAAAUUAUUGACAAAAAUUAAUAAAUAAGUGAAUAGAUGGAUAAAAACAAUUGUUGUUUACAUACAAAAUCAUUACGAUAAAUGUAACGCGCCAUUAACUAUCCGCGCGAAUGCGUCCCCCAGAUAGCGCUUUUAACGUCGUGUGCUUAUAUAUCAUUAUCGUCUGCUUAAAUAUUAUUAUGAACAUUUAACAUUAAUCCGUUUAAAGUUGUUGUAAGGCUUCUGAUGUUUGUUAAAUCAUUGUUUAAUUUUUAAUUGAUUGAUUGAUUGAUUGAUUGAUUGAUUGAUUGAUUGAUUGAUUAAGUUGAUUUUGUGUAUCUUUUUUUACCAUAUAUAUUCAGCAAGUUGGAAUACAUCUUUUGCGGAGGAAGGAUAACAAAUUUGAAAUAAGCCCAAUUAUAAGAAGAUAUUAAACACGUCAGCGGUAUGUAGAUUUAUUUAAAGACAGUCUAUAAAGAAGCUGUUAUAGCUAUCUCACACUCUUUAUACUGAUGUGUCAGUGAGUGAACAUCUAUAUAGAAGAGUUUCUGAUAUACGAGACACAAUUUGCCACAGAAAAUGCCGAAAAAUAAUAACAAAAAGGAGGAGAAGGAACAAGCUAAAGUGAACGAGCUUCGGGCGCGUCUGUCAGAUAUUCUCAAGUCAGACUAUGAAGACUUUUACUUGCGAAAAUGGCUCAAAGCAAGAGGCUUUGACAUCAACAAAGCAGAACAAAUGUUUCGAAACAGUGUUGCAUACAAGACGAAGAUGAAAGUUGAAACAUUAAUGGCCGAAUUUGAGACGCCCGAGGACGUCAGCGUGGUCAUAAAAAACUACCUUACUGGUGGAUUUUGUGGGCAUGAUAAAGAAGGAUCGCCCAUCCGUGUAGAACUGUAUGGACAUCUUGAUUUAAAAGGAAUAAUGGCGUCUGUAAAGAAGUCAGAUUUAGAGAAAACAAAGAUUUUACAGUGUGAACAUACGGUUCUUGACUGGGAGAGACAGAGUAAAAAGCUUGGAAAACGUGUGGAUGGAUUGACUGUUAUAUUUGACAUGGAAGGAGUGACGACUAAAAUGAUGUGGAGGCCAGGUUUACAGAUGUACUUACAUUUGGUGAAGAUUUUAGAAGACAAUUAUCCCGAAAUGCUGAAGAGAAUGUUUGUAAUAAAUGCACCGCUUAUUUUCCCAGUUCUGUACAAACUUGCACGGCCACUAAUCAGCGAUGAAAUGAGGAACAAAAUUCAUGUUCUCGGUGCCACAUACACGGAUACUUUACUACAAUACAUUGAUGCGGACCAACUUCCAGCGUUCCUGGGUGGCACACUCACAGACCCUGACGGAAAUAAACGCUGCGUUACCAUGAUAAAUCAAGGGGGCGAAGUUCCAGAGAAAUAUUUUCUGGAUAUAAAGGAGUUAUACGAGCACAUGAAAACGGCCACUAUAACACGAGGUGACAAGCUCGAACUGGAGUACCAGAUAGACAAGCCUGAUAGUAUUUUAAGAUGGGAGUUCAAGACGGAAGACUAUGAUAUAGGUUUCGGUGUAAACUUCAGAAAGAACGGCGUGACGUCAGUUAUUUUACCCAUGAAACGUGUCAAUAGCCAGCACGUGGCGGAAGACGGCAGUAUCACGUGCAAAGAAACCGGAACUUAUUUACUUUAUUUUGACAAUUCCUUCAGUUGGACAAGAUCAAAGAACAUUUACUAUAUAGGAGAGGUAAUUGAAGUUGACGACGAAUAUGUGCGAUCAGAAAUAAAUGACUUGGUUGAAAUGGGCGACUGGAAAACGCUUGAAGAAAAAUUUGAAACUACACACUUGUGAUCAUGAUCGCUUUAUUUUAAAUCGAUAUAAGCCGGUCUAGCGAUUUUGGUGCUUGUGGUGAUGUCAUAAAAGUGAUGUCAUAAAUCAAGGUUAUAAUUUGAAAGUCAACGUAAUUAAUUAUAAAUCAAGAUUAUUAUUUGAAUGUCAACGUACUUUAUUAUAAAUCAAGGUUAUAAUUUGAAAGUCAACGUAAUUAAUUAUAAAUCAAGGUUAUAUUGAAUGUCAACGUACAUGUAAUUAAUUUUGGUGCUUAUAGUAUAAAAUGGGCAUUGUUUAGAAAAUUUACUCUGUGUUCAAUGUAAGCAUAACUUUUCUAUAUGCCAAUUACGAAAUACACUUUUUCGUUAAGUCCUUAAUGGUGACAUUACUGACUAUUUGAAAGAGGAAAAACAUAUAUUUAAUACUAUAUACAUUUAAGGACCCAAAAUCGCCAGACGCAUCUUUAGUACAUGUACAUGUAAAUUUAACGUGUAGUGCGGAAAUUUAAAGGACCUAUCAAUGAUCUUUUUCUUCUUCUUCUUCUUCUAAUAUCUGGUAAUAUAUGUCAAGCUGUUUACGUGAAAACUUUCCAUGACGAAUAAUGAAGUGUGAUUGAAUAAAAUGAAUUUAUACAUAAGAUAUGUCUGCUGUUUACAAGCAUAUAUUGAGUAGCAGGUUAAUUAUAUCAUACUAUUACAUUUGUGGCCUUCCAUAAAUUUCAAACCAGAGCAUAGCACUAUUACAUUGGGCCUUCCAUAAAUUUCAAACCAGAGUAUAACACUAUUACAUUGGUGGCCUUCCAUAAAUUUCAAACCAGAGUAUAACACUAUUACAUCGGUGUCCUUCCAUAAAUUUCAAACCAGAGUAUAACACUAUUACAUUUGUGGCCCUCCAUAAAUUUCAAACCAGAGUAUAACACUAUUACAUUGGGCCUUCCAUUAAUUUCAAACCAGAGUAUAACACUAUUACAUUGGUGGCCUUCCAAGAGUAUAACACUAUUACAUUUGUGGCCUUCCAUGAAUUUCAAAUCGGAGAAUAACACAAAUAUAAAAUAAUUGCAUAUCAAAUUUUUACAUACACCUGUUAUUUUAAGAUAUAUUGGUAAUCACAAUGAAGGACCAUAUUAGAUAUUAGAAAUCCAUCACUCAUUUUAGCUACUUGACGUACCUACGCAAAAACAACUCAUUCAUUAUUAUUUACAAAAUACAUGUAGUAGGUAAAGAGAGACGCCUAUUUUCAUUUUUUUCUAUUUUUGGUGUUUUUUUCCAAACAAAAUUUUAGUAAAUUUUAUUUUUUGCAUCUAUCUAUUAUUUUGAACGUUUACAUAGCAUUAUGCAUGACCUAAUAGUGACCUUACACACAUGUACAGUACUUGCCAAUUAUGAUAUCUGGUGUUAUUUUUAUAUGCCUCUAAAAUUUGUAAAAUUUAUGUUACCUCGUGGAUACGAAGAGAAACAAGUUUUUAAAACUAAGUUUUAUGUUUUACAUGUAUACUAUGAUAUUAACAUAUAUAAAAUAUGUGUCGAUGAAAUGGCUUUUAUUUCUAUGUAUAUAAAUUUCAGUGUUUGUGUUUAUUUUUAUAUGUAUAACAUAUAUAUUGUUUCUGUGUUAAUAUAUGAUAUAAAGAAUGUAUUUAUUAUCUUAUAUUGUACAAAUGAAUAAAAGAUCUACUACAUA